AAAGGCGCUGCAAAAUGUGUUUCGACUUACCGUUUCGGUCGACAUAAACGCCAAUUUUUAAAAGUCGCUAAACAAUUACUUUAAAAUAUUUUAACAAACAGAUCGACUGUUAUUUUGCUCGUGAAUGUUCCUGUUUCGGUAGUUGAAGUUUAUUACUAACAUAAUACCUAUUGACCAUCUUCUGACAUUAUAAAAAAUGAAACUUUUAUUUGUUUUAAUAUCAUUUGCAUUGGUCGGCCAUGUUUUGUUGGUCGCUGAAUUAGAGGAAUAUAUUGAGCUGGUUACCUUCAUAAACGAUGAUAUCAAGCAAGCAAAAGAAUUCAUGCCGACAGUAAUAAAAUAUAUGGUUGAGAGGCCUAAUGUAUAUGGGAUAGAGGCAAUGGUGAUGAUGUUGGCACUGCCGGAUAGACUUGAUCGUAGAUUGCGAGAACCAAAAUUUAGUUACAAAAACCCUGAGGGAAUUAUUUUUUUAAACCAAGAUCCGGAUCAAAUAAUAGUGCAUUAUGAAGACAAGGUAGAGUUCCAGAAAAUGAUGCAAUCAGCAAUAAGUGCUGUAACAAAUUCAAAUCAAAAUCUUGAUCCGCCAACUGUUCUCCUAAGAGCUCUAAAUCUAGAUCCAAAUCUAGCUUCAAGUUCAGAUCCAAAUCAAAAUCUUGAUCCGUCAACUGUUCUCCCAGAUGAACGUUUCGUUGUACCUACAAAAUUUAAAACAGAAAAUUUAGCCGGUCUUUUAAUAAAGAGAAAUAUUCAACCUAUAGGAACUCAUAGAAUCAUCCGUUCAUUGGCUCUGACUUCUUUGGCAAGUGCAAGAAAAGUUAUGACUUUGGAAGCUAUUACAACAUUAUUACGUCAAAACCAUCCACUUUUACAGAAUUUGGGGAUAAUGUGUCAUUUAGCAGCUAUAUUUAGAAGUAUUAAAUACAGUACAUUUAUACAGCAUAUUGAACUGGAUGGAAACUAUUGCUUUUUAAUGAAUGAAACGAACAGUGACAGCGACGUAUAUGGAUUCAUUGGAGAUGAAUUUUGGAAUAUAAAUAGAGACACUUGGUUUCCAGUUAUGCGUUUUUCUUCUGAGUAUCAAUAAUUUGCACCAGAAAUUAUAAUAAUAACCUAUUUUAUAGUGAUAUUAUUGUUUUGUUUAAACAUAUUUUGUGUCAUAACGCACUUGUAUCUAAAUUGUCAAUAAAUUUAAUUUAUUUAAUAAUAAAGGUUUAAAUCACUAUAGUAAAAA